UCGGCAUGUCUCGUCAUUGAUCCGUGUUUUCCAUUUCUAGAGUCAAGAAAGCGCGUCUGAAACCAGAAAAUUGAGUCUGGGCAGCCAUAUUGCUGUUAGUGCUUGUUGAGAAGGACAAUAAUAAUAGAUCGUUGCUCGCGCUGUUGUUAUUAUUGUUGCUGCGUCACCGCGCGAGAGUACUGGCGCGAGAAUGGAUUCAUGAUUUUGAUACAAACUCACGUGUGUGAUUUCCCUCAGCGGGACUAAUGCAUGAGGGCAUUUAAAAUUCCUUUUACUCAGUCUGCUGGACUGGAUAGCAUAUUGGAGAAACAGACCGCAGUCUGGGACUUUAACCCUGAAACAUAGUGGAUCCUCUGGGCUGAAGAGAGUAGUGUGGACGUAGAGCUCGGACCCAGAGUCUGCCUUCAGUCCUAAUGCCUGGACUGUGCGACAUCAAGACACCACUACAAGAAGGAGAGAUCUUCAACAUGAACACAGACACUGAAUCAGAGCCAAAAGAUUCAGAUUUCUGGAAGUCCAGCAGUACCAGUGAUGAUCUGAGAAACGGUGACGUGUGCUCUUCCUCUCUGGCAGCUAAAGGCUACAGAAGUGUCAGACUCAACUUUCAGGAUAAAAAGUCUCCCACACCAGCACAAGCGCAUAGUAUCCAUUCCCACAGACUGCUGUCCACAGAGGGCCAAAUAUUGUCUUCACAAGAAAAGGAGCCCUGCCUGCACCCUCCGUUUAGGCAGAUGGAGAAACAUGUAGCUUCCCUCUCCAUCCUCAUUAACCCCAGGCCUUUGAUAUCGGCACGACACACCCAGGUGCUGUCUUUGAGACCCCCUACACCUCCUAAAAGGAUGGGCCUCUUGGAUAGCAGCUCACAGCCCUGCCUUCCACUUCCAUCUGCAGCCCCGCCAGUGCCUGAGGUGCCAACCCUUCUCAAACAAACCUAUCCUGGAACAGCUCUGACUUUACCAUCACCCCCUAACUGGCCACGAAUCUCCCCUGAUUUCACCAUCUUCAGAGCAUCUGACCUUCUGCCCAAGGCCCCUUCUCCAGGCCCUCCUUCUCCCGGCUCAGAGCCUCUGCUGGGGCAGAGUCGCUGCUCUUCCCGCACUCACAGCGAAGCAUCCACAGCGGUGCUGGAGGAGUUGAGGGCGUGUGGACUAAGCCAAGAGGGAGGCUCUCGUACCCCCUCUCCAACCCUCAGCCAGAUGAGUGCAGUCACAGACCGCAUGGGGCUGCACUCCCCUGCAGUUAGUACUGCUAAUGGCCAGAUGACUGUGAAUGGGGGUCUGAGUGGACCAACAAGUCCACAUAGUCACCUCCAAAGAAACUUCUCCCCCUCGACAUACCCCCCUCCUCCGUCCUUGAGCCCCAGUAUUACAGCAAUGCAGCAGGCUAAAACCACUGCCUCUGGGUCCAGCACUCCAAUCUAUACCAACGUGGAUCCUGUUUGCCCUGCACAAGCUGCACAGACUGACAGGAAAGGAACAACUGGGAAAGCCCCACUCUAUGCUGGCAUCGGUCCUGUGGAUGAAUCCGGGAUCCCAAUUGCCAUACGAACAACUGUUGACAGGCCAAAAGACUGGUACAAGACCAUGUUCAAACAGAUUCAUGUGGUGCAUAAACCAGAGAAUGACUGGUCUGGGUCCCGUACUGCCACAGAUCCCAUUACAAAUACUGAUAAGCAUGGCCCAUCCAAUCCUGUUCAGGCCCAUCCUGCACCUAAAACAAGCACCUACCGACCCAUCGCCAAGUGUGUCUCUGAUAACGGCAUGUACAGUUUCAGAAUGCCUACCACCUCAACCCUGCCCUCUUCAGCAUCAGCACAGUACAGAGCCAAUGACAAAAACACAACACAGAGAGGCAGGAGCACACCUGACAUGAAUGAGUGGGGGCCUCCCGAUAGGAAGGUGGAUACACGGAAAUACAGAGCUGAGCCCAGGAGUAUCUUUGACUAUGAGCCGGGGAAGUCCUCUAUUGUAGAGCAAGAGAGAGCGACAAGUAACUUAAUACCAGAGGAGAUAGAUUUAGAGAAUGAGCCAUGGUAUAAGUUCUUUGCUGAACUGGAGUUUGGGCGGCCGCCUCCAAAAAAGCGUCUUGAUUAUAAUCCAGAGAGCACUCCUCGAUUCCGAAUGGAGACCUCCCUUUAUCAGCCAUCUACAGAAAGAAGCCUUGAACUGCCAUCAUGUUCUGCCAGUGAUAACAAGAGAAGACGGAAAUUCGAACCUGCAGUCACUCAGCCCAGGGCUCAGAGCAGUGUGGGCACAACACAGAGUUCAGUCAGACCACCAGAGCCCCCCAGGAGCAGCAAUGCCCAGAGGAAUCCCCUCACCAGCCCUAGCUCCCCUGCCUCCACCAGGACUAAAGGUGGGGAUAUGAGCAAUAUGCACUCAGCACUUUUACAUUUUCAAAGUCCAAACCAUGCUACCUCAGAUUGCACAUAUCAAAACAAAGGGCAAAAUGAGGAUUGUCUCAUAGUCAUCCCUGUCUCAGAGGGCUUCUCCAGCCUCCCGGAUGGCUGGGGAACCAUCCAAGAGAACCCAGAAGACUGGAUAAGCACAGAAGAGUCUUCUCCUAAGCUUAAAUUCUGGAGCUGUGAUGACCUCCUGUCUGAGGGCCAAGGCAGGGGAAAAGAAGUGCAGACUCGAUCGGAAAGCACUGGCUCCUUGUUGCAUAAUGGGGAACUAGAAGUAUCACAAUACAGUGACACCCAUGAGUCUGAGAAACUUAGAGAAAGGACGAGGCAUCGGUCAGCCCAUGAUGCACCAGGCUUUCUCAAACUGUACAAGAAGAUGCAUCACAUCAACCGGCAAGAGCUGAUAAACACUACUGUGAUCUGCUCUGUCAAGGCCAGGAUUCAUAAGUUUGAGAGUGAACAGUGUAAGGACAGGCCUACCAGCACCAGGGGCUGCAGCAAAGAGGUGCCUCGGGACAUGGUGCACAACAGGAUCUCUGAAUUUGAGAUUCUGAUCCAAAAAUCCAAAUCCAUGCCAAAUCUUGGGGAUGAGUGCUUGACCAGGAGUUCCUCUAGGAGGACCAAUAGCCCCAAGCGUAGCCACUCCAUUGAGUCAUUACUGGAUGAAGAAGCACCAGCCAGGAACCAGCCUGAAGGACGACCUCAAUACUCCAAGAUAAAUACUCACGUGCCAAUCCACAUUGAAGUCACCAGUGACCAAUUACAAAACUCUUCCAUGCACCAGGACUACUCGGACAGUGAGCAUGAUGGAGUGGUGUCUGAUCUCAGUGACUUCAUCCAGAUAGAAGGCUCAUCCUUUUGCAGCGAGAGAGACUUUGACCUAUGUUCAUUCGCUUCCUCAGAGAGCUUCUGUGGGUCGGGACACCAUCAUCAUUAUCAAAGGCAGCUUGUGAGUUCCUGUAAGGGUCGCUGCCCAGCUUCUUACACACGUUUCACCACCAUGAUCAAGCACGAGAGGGCAAAGCAAGACCAAAGGAAACAUUUGCAAGUGGAAGAAUCCGAGUUCGGUCUCAGCAAGCUUGCCUUCCUGGUUAGCCCAGUGCCUUUCCACCGGAAGAACCUAUCUCCUUUGAGCUUCUCCCAAAUGCCAAAAUCACGGAGCUGCAUGUAUGAGGCUCUAGAUUCAGCCCUGAAAGACAUCUAUGAACACAUCCGUGCAGAAAAGCGCAGGGGUAGCCUGCCAGACAACAGCAUUCUUUACAGGUUGCUGGCAGAGUUGCUGCCCGACAUUCCCAAGAGGAAUUCCUCGCUGCAUGCUCUGGGGAGAAGCAGCCCAACGGUUCAACCCUGCACAAACCACCCGCUGUCCGAUGGCAUGCCCAGCCAAGAUGGCCACCAGCCUGAGAACUCGCACAUGUCCCACAGUGCCUCUCACCACCAUAUAGACAGCAACAACAACCAGAGGAACUGCGAUCAAGACCAGGACACAUCCAGAGGAUAUUCUUACCCUGAUGUGGGUCGCCACACACCACCGAGCAGGAAACAGACCCCUGACAUCAGAGAGAAACUGACAGCCAGAGCAAUAUAUGACUUUAAAGCACAGACAGCAAAAGAGCUGACGUUUAAGAAAGGGGAGACAGUGUAUAUCACCAGGCAGAUAGAUAAUAACUGGUAUGAAGGAGAGUAUCGUGGACAUGUGGGCAUCUUUCCCAUCUCAUAUGUGGAGAAAAUCCCUCCUUCAGAGAAACAUUUGCCAGCAAGGCCUCCUCCUCCAGCUCAGAGCAGAGAAAUCGGAGAAGCGAUUGCCCGCUACAACUUCAAUGCUGAUACUAAUGUGGAGCUUUCAUUAAGAAAAGGCGAGCGUGUCAUUCUCUUGCGGCAAGUUGAUCAGAACUGGUUUGAGGGCAAGAUUCCAGGUACAAACAAACAAGGGAUUUUUCCAGUGUCUUAUGUAGACAUCAUGAAGAAGUCAUCAGUUCAAAGUACUGGUCAACCUCCCGGGCCCACUAUACCCACUAGUGACAGAGUGCACAGUAGGACACCAUCUGCACAUACCCUCUACAGCUCUCCAUCCCCAACUCUUCAUCCACUCUCCUCAUCCUCACCCAGCCCACAGAGAGCAGCGCACCUCCAUGCCAUUACAAGCGAGUGGCUGGCCCUCACUGUUGGUCUGUCUCCAUCUGGAACCCCUGCUCCCACUCCUCCUCCCUUUCCUUCCAACUUCCAACCAGUCUAUGAAGGGCUGGAUUCUGCCAUCUCCCCCUCUCCUGCCUCUUCCAUGCUGGGUCGCUCUCCGGCUGUCACUCCCCGCAUCUCCACUCUUGCGCUCAAAGAGGGCCACUUCAUUCCCAUCUCCUCCCCAAAGUCCUACAUGUCCCCUGAGCCCAGCCCAUCACCUCAACCCUACCUCACCUCUGCAUCCUUCACUCCUUCCCCCACCUCACCCACAUUUUACUCCAUCCCCAGGUCUGGCAGUGUCAUAGAGAUUCUCUGCAGCCCAAAACCAUUAGACCCACAUGAAAAAGAAGUGGAGUUGUUCUCAGAUAGCAAAGAUCAACACAAAUCAGGCAAGACAGUCUCUCCUAAAUUGUGCAGCCCUAUUGACUUGGUUGUUUUUGAGGCACUUGAAUCCCAAUUGUCUCUUAAGGACACCCAUUUUCCAAAAGAUCCUGAUGAUGACCUGUGCGAGGAGUUAGUGUCCAUAAUUAAGGACAGCCAAUCAAAGGGCGAGUUUGUAGAAGAGGAGAGUUUUUAUCACCAGAAACCAGAUGUAACUGAAAAGCUUCCAAGACUGUUUAUAGAGGAGGACCCAAAUGAAGAUAACAGCUUCUCAAAUGAACCCCUGACAUCAAAUAUGUUUACUCCAGUCCGGUCCACCCAUAGUGAGGGGUCAGAUAUUGAGCAGAGUGAAGUUUCCCAGAAUGCCUCUCCACGUCUCUCCCCCCUGUCCUCACAGAUGUCCAUGCCGUUCAUUCUUGCCACAUCGUCUAAGUACUCUCCCUCCUCCCCAUGCACCACCCCUCCAUUGCCUGGGGUUUCAGAGUCCCCCCCUCCCUCUGCAAAACUGUCCUUUCGACAGGAACUCCGCUCCUCAAAGGUCAAGCCUGUGUUGAGGCGUGAUGUUGUGGUUGUUGGUAAGCCCCCUCGUAGCCCUGUGAUGUCUAGGAGGUCCUGCGGAUCACCUGUUAGAGGUCAAAACUUUUCUCCAUCUCAUAGGUCCCAAAGACAAGCAUAUGUUAAUGAUCCUCUUCCAAGUAUAGGGGAACCAUUUCAAGCUCUUUAUAACUACAUGCCCAGAAAUGAGGAUGAGCUGGAAUUAAAGGAGGGUGAUAUUGUUGAUGUCAUGGAGAAGUGUGAUGAUGGAUGGUUUGUGGGAACGUCCAGGAGAACCAAGUUUUUCGGAAGCUUUCCUGGAAACUAUGUAAAGCAGUUAUAAAUUGACCCAUGCUCUAAUUUCCCAUUCAAAUUUCUGAUGGUCAGACAUCUACAGAGGAGAGAUGGACACUGUCACCUACAGCUUCCUGCUGGAAUAAGCAUGACAUAUUCCAGUCAUCAGCAUGAUGGACUAAUGGAAAAAGAAGCCAAUGGACUUGGAAGGGGUUAUUGCCCCAUGUUAUUUGGUUCAAAUAUGUGGAUUAUUACAUUCUGAAACCAUUAUGUUAAUAUAGGAUUUCAGUAAAGGCUAAAAUAUUUGGUUGCCUACAUUUUUAACACUAUUUCUCAUAGUUCUGUAUGAAUGCCUUUUAGUUACGCUGAUGAAUUUCAACAUAAUGAGUAAUCAAGUGCCCUAUUUAUCUUUUAUUUCUUAAGAGGCAUUUUUCUUGCAUUGGAAGGGUAAGAUACAGUAGGUGAGGAAUGUUCUACUGGUGCCCCUCUGUACACUGGGCCUGAUGUCUAAUCUGAUCUAGAUCUAGAUUAUUAAACAGUAUUGCAGUGUCAUGUUUGUGCCAGGCACAGUGGAUAUUACAGAUAACCAUUCCUACUCACACAUGUAUCUUUUCUUUAUGUAAACUCUCUGCUUUAAAAGAAUGACCUCUGAUUUUCUAGGGCUCCACGUUCUUUCUCCAGACAUUCCUUUGAGCAUUUGAAGGAUUUUACAGAUAAGAGAAAAAUAUUUUUUGUAUAUUUCAAUCAAAAGAGAUAACGUUUUGCAUGUGCAAUACCCUAGCAAAAGUCAUUUUGGCAAAAUUGGGUAUGUUAAACUUAGUACACUUAUGAAGCAUAUUAAUAUUUCUACUGCCUAGAAUAAAUAUUCUGCAUUGGGUGACCUUGAACAUCACUUUUAGUUUACACUUUGUAAUCUCUUAUUUAUGGCCAAUAAUAGGAGCACAUGAUGUCAUAAUUACUGAACUGCCUUUGGCAGCCAUGUAUUUUGUAUAUGAUGUUUUGCCUUCCAAUUCUUCAAAUUUGUUGAAUUUGAGAGAAAAUGUUUUAAAGAUCUAUUUUGUUUAUUUUUUCAUUUCAGCAAACAUUUUUUAAUUAAGAUAUUAAUUAUACUAAGUAUAUUGUUAAUUAUUCACUUUCCAUUUAUUUUUAUCUGUUCAUACGAUUACACUCAUAUUCAAGUGUACAUUUAAAAUUUGCAGCAUUGCAAUCCUUCUAUGAAACUGUAUGACUAAUGAUUUUAUUCCAGUCAAUACAGCAAGAAACGUAAAUGUGUCAGUCAGUAGAAAGGUGAACCAAUAAUAUAUGUAAUCUAGGCAAUAUUAUACCUCGUGGAAUUAUACAGUCUGUGUUGUCAAUAUGCUUCAAUGUACUAGUAACAUCCUUUGCAUGUUGUUUCAUAAAGAACUGUUAAUUAGUGCAAACUUUGUCUUCCACAAUCUCUCACAGAAUUAUUUUAUGACUAUCAAAACACUGUGUUUAUAUGUGACACUGAUUUAAGAGAUUCAUAUGGUGGUACUACCAAACUCAGCAAUACUUUCACGAACACUUGGCUCUGUCAUGAACCAUCAAGACUACCAAAGGUCUUUAUUGUGGUUUUGUGUGAUUGCUUGUUAAGACCUGGCACCCCAGUCUUCCAUUCGUAAGCACUAGAGGUUCUCAACCCUGUUCCUGAAGGCCCCCCAACACUACACAUUUUGGAUAUCUCCCUAAUCAAACACACCUGGUUCAACUCAACAGCUCGUUAGUAGAGACUCCAAGACCUGAAUUGGGUGUGUCAGAAAAGGAAGAUAUACAAAAUGUGCAGUGUUUGGGGGCCUCCAGGAACAGGGUUGAGAACCACUGUGAAGUAAUUAGGGCUGUUCCAGGUGCAUAAUUUUACCAAAUAUAAUUUAUGCAAUGUCCUGAAUAUUUAUGUAAUAUUUAACAAUGCUAAUAGAAAGCACGAUUCAGAAAGUUAUGUUUAGAAAUUACAGAACACUGUUAUAUGUUUAAGUUAAAUUAUAUGAAAGAAGAAACAGUUCACCUCAGGUGGCCACAGCAAGCACCAGCAUAGACCUGCCUCACUAAUGAUUGAUUGAAUUAAAAAGUGUUUGUUGGUUAAGUGUAGACAUUAUUGCAUAACUGAAAUAUGUAAAGGAAUGCAAUAAAAAGCUCUUCUUGGAGAGAAGUCCUUAACAGUUUCCAUUGAAGGUACAAUUAACAAAAUAUAUGUUUACCCCCUCAUUGUUAAAAAAAAUAAAAAAAAAUAUAAUACAAUUUCUUAAUAACCCCUCUGAAAUCAACCAUAUGAUCAAUGUUAUUUUUUUAUUUUUUGCCAUUUCUCUCUCUCUCUCUCUCUCUCUCUCUCUCUCUCUCUGUGGAAUAGUACAUAAAUAAAUUCUGUCUGAUCUAAUGUUUUCAGUGUUUUCUCUGUUUCAUUAUGUUUUCAGACUAUGUUCUCCUCUUUGACUAUGUUUUUCCUCCUAGUAGUUAUAUUAUUAUUAAAGGUAAAAGUAUA